UUGCCAUUAGAACUUCGACUUUGACGUUGUGCGAUCGCGAGCGCGUUCCGACAAAUCGAAAGAAAGAAAGGAAGAAAACAAAGCAAUUACACUGCGCUACACAAUACCGUUGUUGAGAGACUAAGUGUGGGUUCCGUUUCGAGUGCAACAGUUUCCCAGGCUUAGACGCGACGUAGACGAUGCCAAAUAAUCGUAAUCGUAAUCGCAAUCGUAAUCGUAAUAAGCGCAAUAAAAAUCAAAACGCAAAUCAAAAUAAACAGCAAGCGGCGGCGGCGGAGGGAACAGCGACAGAGGAGCGAGAGCAGCAGGAGGAGGCAGGAGCGGCAGCAGCAACAACUUCAUCAUCAUUAACAGCAGCUAAUGAUCAUCAGCAUGAUAAUAAUGCAAAUUCUGGCAGCAUUUCAAAUGGGUCAACCACAGCCACCGACAGCCUCACAGCUGCUGAUGAAUCAACCACGCGCAUAGCCAGCAUAGAGGACAGCCAGAAAGAGCCAGAAGAACAGUCUGUGGUGCAGCUAGAGGAUAAGUCCAAAGAACAGUAUAUUGCAGCAAAAGACCAUCCGUCUGAAGAUCAGGCAGAAAAGAAGCUGGUCGAUCAGUUAGAAGUUCAGCCUAGAGUUCAUACAAAAGAGAAGCUCGUUCAACAUUUGGAAGAUCAGCACAAACAUCAAUCUGAGGAUCAGCUGGAAGAUUUGUCUAAAGGUCAGGCAGAAGAGAAGGUGGUCGAUCAGUUAGAAGAUCAGACAAAGGAGCAGCUUGUCAAGCAGUUAGAAGAUCAGCCUGCAGCUCAUUCUGAAGUAUCUGAUGAUCAGAAAAGAGGUAAACUGGUCGAUCAGUUAGUAGAUCAGUUAGAGGAAAAGCCUGUCCAGCAGUUGGAAGAUCAACCCGAAUGUCAAUCUACAGAUCAGCUGGCAUAUCUAUCUGAAGAUCAAAAGAAAGAGAAGCCCAUCAAUAAGCCUGAUCUGCAGACAAAAGAUAAGCUUGUCCAACAAUUAAGAGGUCUGCCAGGAUGUCAAUCAGAAGAGCUGCUAGAAGAUCUGUCUACAAAAGAGAAGCUGGUCGAUCACACUGAAGAGCAGUCGAUUGCACAAGCAAAAAGUCAGCCUAAAGAUCAGUCUGAGAAUCAGCCACAAGAGUUGCCAAGACAACAGUCGGAAGAGCCCCGAAUUGAACAUCUGAUCGAGCAAGAUCUAGUUGAAGAUUCAAAAAUAGAGAAGAUUAUUGAUCAGUUAGCCGAACAAGUAGCAGAUCAGCCAAGGGAACAUCUGAUUGAGAUACAUCCGAAAGCUCAGACAAAAGAUCCAAAAGAAGAACUUAGAGUAAAGAAGGCCUCUGAGCAGUCUGAAGAUCAGUUCAAGAAACAGCCAGUGGUUCACAUAGUGCCUGUGAUAGUCGAAAAGGGAGAUAAACACGAAAUGGGUGCCAAAAACUCCAAGCAGCAACGGGAUCAAUCACAGCAAGAGACAGAAUUGUCACAGGAGCAGCAGCAACAGCAGGCAGCAAGGCCACCAGGCAGCCCACGUCAGGCCAAGGUCAUUGUGCAUCGCAUAGUGCGCGAGAGCAAUGACGAAAUAGAUGCACAUCAGCAACAGUUGCAGCAGCAACAGCAGGAGCAGCAGCAGACGCAACAACAGCAGCAGGAAACACAAACAGAGCAACAGUUGCCAGCAGCUGUGCAAGAAUUACUGGCGAAUUGUCAGCUGCAACAGCCGCUGGCUCAGCAGCAACAGAUCAAAACACAGCAGCAACAGGUUGAGACACAUCAGCAACAGCGUGCACCACAGCAACAUGCCGCACAGCAGCCGCUACAACGCAGCACAAAGGUCAUCAUACAUCAGAUACGCAUCGAAACGGAUGAGGAGGAACGCGCUCGCAAAGGUAAGCCUACAAUUGAGGAGAUCAGCAGCACCACAGCAACAACAACCGCACACAGCACCAACAGCAACAGCAGCAGCGGCAACAGCGGCACCUUGUCACCGCCGCCGCGUUACUUGGUCGAAUCGCCCUCACCAAAGGCCGUGCAACAGUUUAGUAAAUUCGCGCGCGAUGUGCAAAUUCAAGAGCUGGAGCUGAGCAGCGAUUGUAGCUCCGGUGAGUUCAAUGGGCCGCUGCAGUCGCCAGUUGUAUUUGAAGCGGAUUCGGAGACGGCGAACACGCCGACGGCUAUGAUUGCGCCUGUUGCUGUGCUGGCGUCUUCGGCGGAUUUGCCGUCCAGCAGCCGCGCCGAGCAGCAGGAGCAGCUGCGCCAGAAACGCGCCCAGAAACGCAAUGCACUCGAAUCGCACUUUCUGCCGCAGCUGCUUAGUCCGCGCUAUCUGGACAGCAUUCUGGAGGAGAAUAGCGAGGCAGCAGCAGCGGGCGGCGAUCCCAGCCUAAGUCGCAGCGCCUCCGCAUCCUCCUCUGGCAAUGAUCCGGCGAAGACGCGCUCACCACUGCCAGCGAAGGCAAACGAAGCGUUUCCGCGCAGCCAACUCGACUUCAGUCGCCGGCACAAGCGUCGCGAAGAGCCGCUGGCUCUCAUGCUGGAAACAAAGCUGCUCGAGCAGCCCAGCGAUUUGGAGAGCUGCACGCGUCUACAGAGCACGUUGUCGCCACAAUCCGAGGACGCGGAAUUGGUUUACCUCAGCUCGUCCGGCUCCAGCAGCGUCUCGGAUCUAAUGGAACUCGAGCUCGAAGAGGCAGCUGCCCUGGCCAAACGAGCCCUCAGCGAUCUGGACACGGAUGCCAGCCGGCUGAUCAAUCGACCCGACGACGACCUGAGUAGCACAACAACCACAGAGCCGAUUAGCUCGUCCAAUGAAACGGAAACCGAGGGCGAGUGCGAGGUUGAAACGGAAGUGGACACGGAAACGGAGGCAACAACUGCCGCCGACCAAUCGAGCCGCGAGAGCACACCUGUUAACGCUCAUCCCCCGACGGAGCCGACAUCGCCGGGCAGCAGUUCGCUAUCAUCGCUGCUUAGUGCCGCGACGCUGACGCCGACAGCGACGCCCACGCCGGCAUUAAAUGAGCUGCCAAGAGAAGCGAAUCAACAUUCGACAUUGUUGGCCAACGAAUUUAGCCCGAACAAAUUGGCCAACAGUUCAACUGCAACCACUUCGCUGGCGGCAACGCGCGAGGAAUUCGUUCGCAACAUGGAAAAAGUGCGCGAAUUGAUCGAAAUGACGCGACGCGAAAACGGGAAUGUAAACGGAAACGGUAACGGUAACGUUAACGAGAACGCGCCAGCUGCUCCGGAGCAGCAGCAGCAGCAGCCAAACGAAUUGCGCUGUAGGUUAUCACCCACGCCCCCGCCUGUGCCACCGCCCCCCAGCAGCAUGCACUAUCCCGCUACCAGCACCACCCAGCAUCCAAUCCUUAACCCCUUGUUGCUCAAUCGACAAGAGUCGAACGAUUCGCACUGCUCGGACAGCACACAGCACAGCCAAUGCACUGCCAUACAUCUGGCCUCGCCAACCCCGCAACAGCAACCCCCCACACCUCCCUUGCGCCAGCAGCAGCAACAGCAGCAACCAGCUAUUUCCCCUAUUUCAGCAGCGGAAACGGAAGCGGAGCGCAUUAAGAAAUUGCGUUUGCUAUGCACCGAGACAUUGGCCUCCAUGCCCUAUGGCGAGCAGAUGCUUGAGGAGCUCGCCAGCGUUGCCCAAAACAUAACUGAACAGCAGCAGCAGCAGCAGCAGCAACAGCAGCAGCAGCAACAAGUGGACAACAUGCCUUAUCCUAUGCCCCAAUUGCCGCACAUUGGCGAGCUGCAGCUGUCGCUGGACCAGGCCGCAGGCGAGAAGGAUGCUUGGCUGGGCUUGCCUACGCAGAAGGAUCCCCAGCUGCUGGUGUGCCUGUCGCCGGCGCAGCGUGCGCUGACACAGCAGCAACAGUUGCAGCCAGCGGCCGAUCAGCUGCUGGACGCACACGAGAAGUUCGUACAGCGACGCGGCUAUCACGAGCUGAGCGCCGAACAGGUGCGUGCCAUGGAUAGCGCACAAAUGACUGCCGAACAGGAGCAGAUACUCAAAACAGCGGCCAAGAUGCGCGAAUUGCGCAAGAGUCUAACGCCCACAGCGACAACGCCGCCGCCGCCGCCGGUGCCUGUGAAGAGCGCCGAAACGGCGGCCAAGGCAAAGAGCCAAGCAACACAGCAGCAAAAGCAAAUGGCAGAUGACGUAAGCCAAAAGGCAAGCACAGCAGCAACAGCAACAGCAACAAUGCCAGCGACAUCAUCAUUUGAAAAUAAACCAACAGCAGCAACAGCAGCAGCUGAUCCGCAGUUGCCAUACGCAUUUGACCAGCGCACAGUCGAGCAGCAACAGCAGAGCAAACACAGCAGCAACAGCAACAGCAGCUACAUGAGCCACAGCAGCAACAUUAGGAGCAGCAGCAACAACAGUAGCAGCAAAUUUCCAGCCAGCAUGGAGAGCGAAUUGGCGCGCAUGUUCCCCAGCAUGGCCCAGCAGGGCGACAUUUUUGACGAGCAGCGCAAGCGUUUCUCCAACAUUGAGCAGAGCGGGCAGCAGAAGCCGCAGCAGAGCAAACGCUACUCCAACAUCGAGACCAGUUCCUUUGAGUCCAAAAAGCGUGUAGAGAACGGCCAGGUGAUCUACGACUACAGCAAUAGCAGUCGCGAGCAGCAGCAGCAGCAGGAGCCUGCUGGUGACACGCCCACGGCAAAUGGGAAAUUUCCGGUACGUGAGGUGCAGCAGCAGCAGGUGCCCCAGGUGCAUCAGAUACCUGUACGGCAGGCGGCGGCGGAUGAGGUGGACUGUGCACCGCCAGUGCCACCGCCGCCGGCAGCGGCAAAUAUGAUGUCAGCAACGAAAUUAAAUGGCAUGUCAAACACUUUCAAUGAUGACGCACAGCAGCAACAGUUGCUCCCAGAGAGCAGGCAGCACAGAGAACAAACAACAACAACAACAACAACAACUGGCACCAAGGUGAACAGUAGCAGCAGCAGCGGCACUUAUGAGGAAUUUCGGCAACGUGCCAAAGCAGCGCUCGACGCAAUUGCUCAGCCCAACGGCAACGGGCAACCUUCGACGGGCAAUCACUUGGAUAAUGAAAAGCUCUUCAAGGACUUUGACGCCUUGUCCCAACAGCUGAAUGCCGAGCUGCAAACGGGCCGCGAGCAGCGACAGCAGCGCGACAAAUCCGCCUCGCUCUACGAUCUCAGUCGCCUCACCAACAGCAACAACAACAACAGCUGCCAACUGGAGCAGCUGAAGCGUGAGCGGCAUGCCCACAUGCAGGAGCUGGAGCGUGAAAUUGAACGCUCGGCCAGAUCACGCCAGGAGCGACUGUCCUCGGUGCCACGUGCCGUCGAGAUACCCAUUCAACUGGCGCCCGAUUACGAGCGCACUCGUCGCGCCGAAUCGCUGUGCAAUCUGAACGAGCAGACGCGCCCGCACAGCUCCGCGGAACACUACCGAGUGCCCACCGAGGCAGUACAGCAGGAUGAUUGGGCACACUAUGCCAGCGAUUUGGGCUACUCGGAGAAUAUCGCGCGUCCAUUUGCCCGCGAGGUGGAGAUUUGCUAUCAACGCCAGAACCAGAGCCAGGGCCAGCGACAGCCGCACUCUAUACGCGCGCCACGCCUCUCGGCCAGCACAAACGAUCUGUCCAGCAGCAGCUGCUACGAUAGCUUCAAUGCGUACGGAGGCGGGCGCCGGCAUGCGCCCAUGCUGCAGCAGGCGCCGCAGCAGCAGCGGCCACACUAUGCCAGCUGCUACUCGAUGAUCGAGCGGGAUCCGAAUCCCACUUACAUUAGCACCACCUCGAGGCGUGGCGUGUCGCCGGCGCCGGUGUCCACGCCCGUCACCCCGCAGCCGGGACAGCCGCCGGCGUACGACAGGCAGCGGGAGAGACGCGCCUCGUUGCCGCGCGAGCUGCACGAGCAGCAGCUGAAGUAUAUACUGAGCAAGGAGGAGCAGCUGAAGCUAGAGUUCGAACGACUGCAGCAAGAGCGCCGCCGGCUGAUGGAGGAGAUGCAGCGGGCGCCCACGGUAUUGCAGGCGCCGCCGCCGCGUCGCGAGAGCUACCGGCCGGCGCCCAAGCUGCCCACACUCAGCGAGGAUGAGGUGUUCCGCCAGCAAAUGGCCGAGGAGUGGAUGAACAAAGUGGCCGAGCGAGAGGAGCGGCGCCAGCACAAGAUCAUCAAGAUAUCCAAGAUCGAGGACGAACAGCAGCACGCCACCGAGCACCAGGCGAACAUUAGCGAUGAGUUUCUCAAUCGCGUCAAGGAGCGCCGUCACAAGCUUUCAAUGCCCGCGGACAGCGACUGGGAGAGCGGCGCCGAGUCGCAGCCAGCGCCCGCCAAAACGGCGGCGACGGCCGGCAGCGAAUCGGAUGCGGAGGCGCCGACGCCCGUGCGCAUUCUGGAGGGUCAGGCCGAGGCAAAUCUGCGCGAGCUCCCGCGUCAUCUGCGCGAAUUCGCCAAGUUCAGCAGCUGCGAGCAGCUGAAAGGUGACGCCCAGUCAUCCGGUCAAGUGGAGCGGCACGAGCAGCAGGAGCGCAGCGAGACCGCAACGGACAAUUCGCUAAGCAGUGCCAGCAAGAAGUCGACCAUUGUGAAGACGUACAAGGUGUCCCGGUUGCCGCCUUCUGUGCAGGCCCAAGCAAUUAAAAGCGAACGUCCGCACCAGCAGCAGCAGCAACAACAACGGCAGCUACAGACAGCGACGCCAACGUCAACGCCGACGCCGACGCCAGCGAUGGCAGCGAAGCUGCGUCUACGCCCACAGAAGCAGACGCGGUUUCUGCUAUCGCCGCAGCAGCUGCAGCGACAGCGCCAGCGACGCAGCUGGUCCGAGAGCGAUCUGCUAAAGGAGAUUGACAAUGAGCUGCAGCUGGCCAAGGGCUUUCUCUAUGCCAACGUCUACAAAGUCAAGCACGAGUAUAUGAGCGAACCGGAAACGGAAAGCGAUCGUCCGCGCAAAAUGGCACAGUUAGGUCGACGGCAAUACGAAGGCAUCGGUCCGGUGACCAACGAUGGAAUGCCCAUCAUACUGAGAUCGGAGGUCCAGGAACCGCACCAGCAUGAAUGGUAUAAGCGACUCUAUCAGACCAUACAUAAGCAGAAGAAUGGCGACGAUUUUGUGAUACGCUACAAGUGUCCCAGAGCACGUCCCUCGUACAAGAGCAAUGGUUAUGUCUCAGAGCCCGAGCCCAAUUACGAUUCCGAUUACUCGACUGUAAAAUACCGUACACCCAAUCCUCUACGCGUACAGUCGGUCUCAUCGGCAGUCAACGUGCGCAAUCUAAGCCAGGACGAUAAAUUGUAUGGUACUAUGCCCAAUCCCAUAAAAGCGGCACAGAACUCGUACAAGAAUCAACCUGGUCGCAUCGAGAACUAUACAACUGGACAUUCGUCUGUUUCGGAAAAGGAGAAGAAGGAGUGGUGGGACGAAGUGAUGGACAUCUUUAACGGGAAUUUGGAACAAUCGAAAUUAUCGCCGCUCUACACAGAAGGCAAUUUGUCAAGAGCUCUGGCCAAAGAAUCGGGUUAUACCAGCGAUUCGAAUCUAGUCUUCCGCAAAAAGGAGCUACCCGUUAGCAGUCCGCUGAGUCCCGUGGAGCAGCGACAGGCCUACAAGAGCUUACAGGCGGGAGGGGAACCGCCUUUGCUGGGCUUCCGUAAGCCCGCGCCCGAGAAACCCAAAGAAAUUGUGGAAGAAUUCGAAUUUAUUCAGAUAACGCCCACGCUAACCAAAAUACGCGUGAGCACCAAGCCGCUCGAGGAUUCCAAGGAAGUGCUAGAGCAAGCAGAGACUAAAGCUGCUCCGCCAGCACCACCAACACCACCUCCCCCACCACCACCGCCACCGCCACCGCCGCCGACAAAUUCAGCUAACAAAAUGUUUUCGCAUUUCUCCAAGAAUUUGCCCUCUUUUAUACCCCUGAGCAAGAAGCAGCAGCAGCAGCAGCAGCUGCAGGAGACGGCUCCUUUGCCACCGAAUCGCCGCUCCUCCUGCACCAAGAGCACCGUGCGCGUGGAGAAGAUCACGAGCAGUUGCGCCAAGUCGCGCCAUGAUCAAUGCUUUCUGCCUCCCGGCGGCAGCAAUAGCCUAACCCUGCGCAAGGUCGCCAGCUCACGUCGAGAGCCCAUUUGCCGGUCCAAGUCCACCGGAGCGGUGUCCACGCUGCUGGCCACCCUGACCGCCACCAAGGAGACUCGCACCAAGGACGGCUGCCUGCUGCGAGUCCAGCAGCACCAGCAGCAGCAUCAGCAUCAGCAUCAUGCGCGCCUGCGCUCCGUGAGUCCCAGUCGUCGCCCCGCCGCACGCCUGCUCGCGCUCCGCCACUCGAGCCGCAGUCCAGUCGCGUUUGGACGCAGCAUUUCCAAGGAGCGCAGCUUCGCCGAGGAGAAGAAGCGUCUGGAGAGCACGCUGCCGCCUAGUCGCACCAACUUCGAGGCGAGCACCAAUAUACUCCGCGAUCCCUCGCUGAAAUCCCCGCAGGAGGUGCGCGAGGCGGUGCGCUCCUAUGCCACCUGCAAGGCGCAACACACUGUGAGGAGCAAGUCGCUGCCCCGUUUGCGCCACAGCACCGUCAGCACCACCACGAGGCACACCAUGUGCCUGCCACAGGUCAGACCACAGCAGCUGCUGGACUGCAGUCGGGCGUUGAAGAAAGUGCUGCCCAAGUGCAGCAAGGCGCAGGGUCAAACUGUCCAGGCAAUUGCCACAGUGCAUCGCAGCGCCUCGCAGGAGAGUUUGCCGCGCAGCAACUCGACCUACUCCAUCGACUCGGUGGUGCGGCAGGAGUAUGUGCCCAUAGCACCGCCCAAAACCUAUAUGGGCAAGACGAAGCCCAACAAGCUGCAGACCAGCCGCAGCGAGGGUCAUGUGCCGCGCAAGCGUUCGAGCACCACCACCAAAACCACUUUAAAUAAAUCCAAGCCCACGGCUGCCAUUGCCCAGCAAUCGUACAGCGAAACGGUACGCGAGAAAACCCACUUCUGGAACGAUUACAAUGCCAAGCAGGGUCAAACCCACACGACCCACACGCCCCACUCGCUGCCGCAGCUGAUCAAUGGAGGCACCAGCGACUACAAGUACUGCUCGCUAGUGGAGCCUGGCUAUGCCGAGGAUGUCUACGAUUACACGUCGGCCCAGGCGCCCGGCAGCUGCAUAGAGGAUCUCGUCUGGAAGUACGAGAGCAAGGCUCAGCCCGGCCCAGUCAGGCCCGCAGCUAUGACGGACAUCGCGCGGCCACAGUCGCCACACACGGAGCUGGGGCGUCGCUUUUCGCCGACGCGUGAGGUGCGCGUGCCGCAGCAGCAGCAGCAGACACAGCAUCAGACACAGCAUCGGGAGGUGCGCUCCCCCUCGCGCCGGCGCAUAGACAGCUUGCGAUCGAGCCAGCGUCAGGACAAGGAGCAACAACAGGCGGUGGCACGCGCCAGCAGCCUGAGCAGCGCCGAUGAUCGCAGCAAGCGGCAGUCGGGUGGUGCGGCUGCUGGAGACGGGCUCUAUCAGUGUGGUGAGCUGGCGCACAGCGCUACGUCGCUGGUGCAGCUGGAGCGGCACAGUCCGAGCUGUCGUUAUCGCAACAAUUGCGAACGCUUCACCGAGCUGAAUCGCUUCUAUAGCACAUUAGAGCGCGUGGGGCAGUUGGAACGUGCCACCUCGGCGAGCAAUUUCCAUCCGUUGCGCAAGGAUGCGGAGCUACUGGACUUUGACGAGUGGCGCAAGGUGCGUCUGCACGAGCGCGCCGAGAAGGAGCUGCAAUAUCUGGUGGGCAAGCUGCAAAUGGAUCAGCGCGAGCGCGACUUGCACUUUCGCUCUAAGGACGUGAACGAGAUCAAGUGGCGGCAGGAUGCGGAUCAGGCGCUGCAUGCCAAGCAGAAAUCCGUGGAGGAUUUGCGCGAGAAUUUCGAGCAGUUGCAGCUGCUGAAGCAACAGGCACGUGCCGAGGCCGAGCUGCCGCCCGUGCAGCGUCAAUGGCGCCGGAACACAGUAGCGGAUCUGGCCAGCAGCCUGGAAGCUGGAGGCCACAGCCGGGAGCCACAGACGGAGCGACAGACGGAACGUCAUUUGAGCAACGAUUUGGUGAGCACUCUGUCCAAGGAUCAAAUCAAGAAGAUAACACAGCAGCUGAACGAGAUCUAUGCGGGCAAUCGUCAGCCCGGAGCCGUGGAGGAGCAAUAUGUGGUCACCGUGGAGAAGGGCUCAAGGCCCAGUAGCCAUGCCAACACGCUGAAGGUGCGCUGCAACUCGAACAUCAGCAAGGAGCAGCUGCUCGGUCCGGUGCUGCGCAAGCGGGAGGAGCAACAGGCGCAAACUUUGCCGCGUGCCACGCGCAGCCAAUCCCCCGUGAUGGUCGCCCGGGAGACACGCGGCGCCAUUGCCGCCAAGAAUGCGGAGCUUACGCUGACCAAGCCGCCCGAGGUGCCGCCGCGACCCAAGCCCAUAAGCGAGCCUAAGCCAACGAAAACUAUUGCCAAGGCCGAGCAAGAGCGACAGGAUCAAGACAAGGAGAAUCCCAUUAACCAGAAGAUUCAGUACUUUGAAGAGCGGCAGUUCGAGGAGCCGCCCAAGACCAUAUACCAUGCACGCGAGGACAGCUCCCCGGACGAGGCGGAGGUCAUGCGUCUCAUCGAGCAGAAUAUGCAGGCGCGUCAGCAGGCCAGGCACAGUCACAGUCACAGUCACAGCCAGGGUCACAGUCACAGCCAGAGUCACAUGAUACAUACGGAGCUGAGCAACUCGCUCACAGAUUUGAGUGGCAUUUAUGGAGAACGUCCGGCAGCACGCGUAAAUUUUCACUUGCACAGCCCGCCCGAUCGUCCGCCCGAAGACGAGCGGCAGGAAGAGCUGCUCAGCUACGAGCAUGGUUCACCCGACGGCAGCCUUGAGCUCUACGAUGCCUACUAUCGCUCCAGGAGUUUGUCCCCCCAGUCGCAGGCCUCUGCCUGCUCCAGCUCGUAUCUGCAGCGCGUGUACACGGGCGAGGUGCAGAAGAUGAAGCAGAGAUUUGAGAGCAUCCAGCGGGAGCAACAGACCAAUGAACGGCGUGAUUUUUUUGGGCUUAGUACGCUGCGGAAGGCGCGCAGCGAUCCUGCACUGAAGACAGGAUCAAAAGACGCCUCGGGCAACGCGACGGAUGCGUUGCCGCUGCAGGAUGUCAGCCAGCUGACGCACAAAUUCGAGCUGCGACAUGGAGCAACUCCCUCGCCGGAGCGCGGCAGACGCAAGCAGCGCGGCCUGCUGAUGCCGCACAUAGACAUCAUAAGCAAGACGGCCGAGCUGUUGCCGGCCAAGGCGAGUCCCACGCGCAGCCACAGCAGCAACAGCUGCUCCAACCCGGGCCACGUGCAGUCGCUGCGCCAGCGCUACGAGUCACCGGAGCCACCGGAGUCCGCUGGCCAGGCACAAAGCCUGCCUCAGCGCUAUUUGUCCACCUCCCUGGCGGAUUUGCGGGACGUACACGAGAGCAUAUCGCCACAUUUGAGCGGCGAUUGGGUGGCGCACAAACAUCCGCAGCGCACGCCAGCGCUGCCCAAGAAACCGCAGAGACAGCCGGCGUUGCGUGCCAGCUCCAACUCGCCGCCGCGACCGGCCAGGCAGACGGACAUCUUUGCCAAUCAGCCGUUCGAUCCGCACAAGCAUCGACCGAAGGCGCGCUAUGUGCCCGAUGGCGCGGAUGCGGCAAGCAGCGCUGCCCGGCGUUGUCCGGCCAACAGCUUGGAGCGUCUCAAGCGCCACGCCCUGGCGGUCACAUUUAAAGACGUGAACAUACACUUCAAGACACCGAUAAGGCAUGAGUACAAGCAGAACAUAUCGGAGGAGGAAUUAGCUAUUCGACAAGCGGAGCAUAUGCAGAAAUUGUAUCAGGAGGAGCGCAGACGCAAGUAUCUACAGGAGCUGCAGGACAUGAAUUCGCGACGACACACCGACAAUUUUACACCCUCACAGAAAUCGCCAAUUGCCUUGAAUCGUUACGAUGAUUUCCCCACAGACGUAACGCUCAAAUCUCUGGUGGGACCCAAAACAGUUGCCAGGGCCCUCUACAACUUCCAGGGACAGACCUCCAAGGAGCUCUCGUUCCGCAAGGGCGACACCAUAUACAUCAGGCGACAGAUCGAUCCCAACUGGUAUGAGGGCGAGCAUAAUGCCAUGAUUGGACUGCUGCCGGCCAGCUAUGUCGAGAUUGUCAGUCGGGAUGGCGCCCGCACGCCUGGCAAGCGUCCAUCGGAGGGCCAGGCACGUGCCAAGUACAACUUCCAGGCGCAGUCCGGCGUGGAGCUGUCCCUCAACAAGGGCGAGCUGGUCACACUGACACGUCGCGUCGACGGCAAUUGGUUUGAGGGCAAAAUAGCCAAUCGCAAGGGCAUUUUCCCGGUCUCCUAUGUGGAGGUCUUAACCGACAUUGGUGCCGAAGAUAUUGCAGCUAGAACCACAACCGUAAUCAACACUCAGAGUACCACGAAUCUGCGUCCAAAUCUGGACGUGCUGCGCACAAAUAUCAACAACGAGUUCAAUACGCUGACCCAGAACGGAGCACAUCCGCCAAAUGGCAUACUGAAGGAGACCCGCACGCUGCACAAAACAGACGCCCUUCAUGUGGACACCAGCUCGGAGCCCUUGACUUAUCGUGCGCUGUACAAAUACCGACCACAAAACUCCGAUGAGCUGGAGAUCUUUGAGGGGGAUCUGGUGCAGGUGCUGGAGAAGUGCGACGAUGGCUGGUUCGUCGGCACUUCGCAGCGGACGGGCUGCUUUGGCACAUUCCCCGGCAACUAUGUGGAACGUGCCUGAAAACUCGAAAUGGUGGAAAGAGCAUUACGAACCGUUACGAUAUUUGUCUAUUGCCUUGGCAACAAGUGGAGAGAAAAAAGGAAAGUAAAUUGUGCAAGAAAUUCAACUCUAAACUUAUUGAGUUUGUAGUCCAAAGCCCAGCCAAGGUAAAAGCAAUUAUUAAUUAUUUAUAUGAAUUAUAAAACAAUUGUUAAAAAAAAAUCAAUAUCAGCUGCUUAAUUUUGCCGAUGUUUCUCUUAUAAUUUAAAUAAUGUACAACUAUUUAUUUAUUUUUAAAGAAAUGUUGAAAUUAUGUUUAUUUAUAAAAAAAAAUACACAAAAAUAUUAACCAGAAGUUUGAACCACACAGCCCGCACACACACAUACACACACACACACACAUACACACCAAAUAUCCAAAAGUUGAAGCUAAGAUAUUUUUUUCUAUAAACUUAUUUUUUCGUUUACCUACUAAUUUUAACUAGUCACAGCUAAUUUCCAAAAAAAAAAAAAUUAAUUUGAAAAAAAAAAAACAAAAAAAUAUUAUCAGAGAAAUUGUUUAUGAUUUUUGCGUAGGAAUCAAAACUGAUUUUGCGCCAUUUUAAAACGUUGAACACCAAGUGCCUUAAAUAUAAAAUGUUAAUUGACUAAAACGGAAAAUAAAUAAAUAAUUAUAUUUAAUAAUAAAUGCAUAAAAACAAGUGCCCUUCUGUUGUGUCGACAAUGCUAAUAAAUUAAUGUGCGAUUAUUAUACAUUUA